AUGACGGUGAUGUUCAAGACAAAAUCGCAGAAAUACGAAUCGCAGACCAAGUCGGACGACGACCGCACGUCGGAUGCAUCGGAAGUCCGAGCCCAGGCUAUCAACAAGAAAAAUCCCCCCUCCCCAUAUCAAAACGGAACUUCUGAUGCUGGAUUUGUGUACACAAAACAGCUUUGUCAUGUUAGAAGGGAAAAGACGCGGACUGUAGUGCAGGGUGGCGUGGGAAGGCCUUGCAUCUUCAGCAUGACAGGAGGCAGCUGGAACUGGGAAACACGAUGACAAAUUGCCUGCAAAUGAGGCCACAACUCCGGCUCUUGGCCUUCUAGCAAUACAAGUCGCUUUGUGUACUCAAAUACAGCAUCACAAAUUUCGCUUUCGAUAUGCGGAGGGGUGAUUCUUCCUUUUGAUACAGGCCGCGCGGCAGUGCGUCCGACAAUUGAGGAUACACCCGGUCCUAUGCGUUGCAAAUAUGUCUGGGUCUGGAAAGUGGUAGUGCUAAAAAUGAAAGAUAUUCGCACUGCAAUACGCAGCCAAGCAUGACAAAUUUUUGGGCUGCUAGGUGUUGCGUAUUCCGCAUGUCAUGCGGAACACGCAAGACGACAGCCUUCUCGUGCUCACGCAUCACAGGUUUGAGAGUCAUGCCAGACAAGCAUGACAGACUUGCAUUCUUGCAGACAUCCAGGGAUAUUUGCAUUUGAUAGGUCCUGUGCAUGAACUGGCUCACUCUGGUGGAUUCGCUGGAGCAGUUAUCGCGGCUAGCACAGCUGGAGUCACUGAUACCAAGUGAAGAAAGCGUCGCGGAGCAGAAAGGUAGAUCCAGUGACACGUUGCUUGUAGAAGUUCAUGUAGUUAUCGUGGCGCAUUGUUGCUACUCAAACGUGAGUGACGAAAUCACAUUCGCAUAUAUUUGCAUGUUGAUGACAGAUAGGGCGACCAUGCAGGUGCAGAUGGUGACAAGAAGAAUUCUCUAUCCCUAAACCUUCUGUUACAACUGUAAUUCCAAGGUCGCGUUUCUACUUCCGAGGGCACGUUGUGGGACCAAGCGGCGCACGAAGACGCGAUUAGGAUUUUGGUAGAGGAAGCGAAAGUGAAUGUCUGCCUCCGGAUGAUGAUAGACUACAAAGAGUGGCAGUUUGCCGUGGGGGAUACGAUAGCGCAGGACAGGAGACUCCGAGAGAUAUGCGCGCAGCUGAACAUGGACGAGUACUGUUGAUAAUCAACCCACACUAGAAUCAGAUUCUAGUGUGGACUUUGGAUUCCUUUUUUCUGAUAUCAUUAUGAUUUCUUUCAGGAAUGUGAAUGUGUUGUGGCGUGAAAGUAAGUAGUUCCUUGCGCAGCAUUGUGUUCGCUUUGCUUCUACUGGUUGUGGCAUCUACUAUGAGUUGGAAACGAAAUUGUCCAAUAAACAUUUUUAGGCCCGCUGCAAUACGGAAAUGCAAUCUGUUUGAAGAAUCGCUGGGGCUCCUACUGCUUCGGGGCUUUAUGCACGUGGAGACGCUGCAGCUCACCGACUGCAUUCUGCUCAUCGAGCAUAUCGCCACGGUAUAGUAUACUUACUUUCUUCUUUGCAUGGACGUUGGCACGCUUUUCUCGCUUCCAACUGCAAUGCUGGCAUGACAAAAGUGAAUCAAUACGAAUACGGAAGUAGAUCAUGAACGAAAUGUCCUCUCGUCAGGUCCUCACAACCGCGCACGAUAGGAAGGGUGACAACGUGUACAAGGAGAGUCUGAAAUCCCAGGAAAAUGUGGUCAUCUACUACUUUACGGCCCUCAUGAAGCACGCCGAGCAACUGAACAACCGGGAGCUCCUGGCGAAGCUGAAUAUCCAAGAAAAAAACAUUGUAGGUGUAACUUUUUUGGAGGAACAGCAUUACAAAUUUGUCUGGCAUGACAGCAAAAACCUGUCAUGCGCAGAUCGUACGCGAAAACGCCCUUUAAUGGAUCCUACGAUGCAUGCCAAGCAUGACAGACGCAAUCACUUUGCAUGUUGCGCAUCACAAAUUUACAAUAGCAACGUUUUUAUUUCUUGGAUACUGAAGGAACACAGAAUACUUUAUCUCGUCUUGCGCCACGUGGUCGCCAGGAAGGGGGACUACCAGAUAGACUUCCUCGGUAGCAUCUAUUGUUGUUUGCUGAGGUAGUUCGACGUGAAGGUCGUACUAGUUGUAGAAGAAUUUGAAGAAUAAACUCAGGGACAAUGUGAAAUAGAUACCACGACGCAACACUACAAAAAUAUAUAAUUCCAGGUGUUGCCGUAGAGGGAUUCGCAAAGUUAGCGGAGAACGUAUCCUGUGUAAAAACGUCCCCACCCCAGAGUUGUGAUGCAAAUCUGAAUGCUGAAAAUGUUUCUCAUACGGAGCCCCAUGAGAAGCAUUUUCCAGUUGUGUUUUGGAAUUUGUCAUGCUCGAAUCAGCAUGAUAUACUAGGUCUGUGAUGCUGCUGAGCUAGCUCAAACAGCACUGCACUACGAGUCCAAAUCUGUCAUGCAAAACAGCCAAAACUUGUGGACUUGUCUAGCCGAGUCCCCAUCUUGACUAUGGGGCGGGGACGUUUUUGCAUAGGAUAAAACGAGGACUUUCUGCCCAUAUGGCAGGAUUUUUUCAGCGGAGGGAAAGAGGAAAUGCAAUCCUUUCUGCAGGAUCUCGAACCGCUGCUGCAGCAGAUUCUUCAGCAGUACCCCGAUAAGAAGUCGGAGAUGCGGCCCCUCUCGGAUUGGAUUCGGAAAAUCAAACGGGCGGCGGUGUGAGGGAUACUUUUUGAGUUUUUUCGUGGUGGGAAGAAAAGAAGUACUUACACACAAAUGCUGUAACUUAUCAUCAAUACGUAAAAUUGAUGAAGAAGCACCACCUGUGGCGAGUGCUCGUGCUAUUUCUACUACCAGGAUCUUUAGCAGCAAAUGCAAAAUUUUAACAAACAACCCAAUGGGCUUAAUGGUAAAAUUCUACUGGUUUAGCUCACCGCUACUCUUUCCUUAACACAAAAAAUUUCCGAGCGAGGAGGAGCUUAAUGGACAAUUUGAACUUUCACUCAUUUAUGAUUAUUUAGCAAAAAAUGGACCACGGAGUAGAAACGGCUGUGCUAGGUACUAUUAUGGAUACGCGGCGCCGGGCUUUUUACGCUACUACAUGAUUGCAGUAUAUAUCUGCUUUGCGCCCCAGUGUAGUUCCAGCACAGCUGCUAGUAGAAGUACACGAAAUUAUACUAACGUCGCUCCUUGUUUCUAUAUUCUAUUGCUCAUUUCCCCCGGCUUUGUAUUACACCCCCUCGGAGUAGUUUUUACACGCAGCUACCG